CGCGCUUACCAGCGUAGCGCCCGGGUCAGUCGUUCGCGGAUCGUCGUCGAGCGUGUACGCGUUGUAGUUGCGUUUUAAAAUGGAUGAGUAAAAAUCCGAUUGUCGCAAGAUGAUCACACUAUUUUUGUCUCACGAUCUGAAACGCUUAAGUGUAUUAUGAAUUAAUGGUGACAGUGGGGAAUUUCAUCGAAUGUUCGAGAGUGUUAGUGAUAUUAUAAGAUAUAUUUUUUUAUCGUGUUAGAAAAUAAAUCGACGCAGAUUGAGACGUACGUCUAUACAUCAACGGCGGGACUGACGUCUGAUUCAGCGGUAACAACAACAAAUUGACAGAAGAGUAACAGAGGGCGUCCAUCUUAGAAAUAUCAGAUAAUGUAACGGAAGAAACAAAAAGUACAUUGAAACAUUUAAAAAAUGAAGGUUUUAUAAUUGAAAAUGUAUGUGAAAAGAAUAGUGGAAAUAGCAUCAAAGACUGUUAAGAAGAAAAGGAUGAAGAAUUUGACUAAUGACUUUCUGAAAUCAAAUCAAUAACCGACCUAGUUAGAAUGAAAGUUAAAAAGGUAUCUAGUGCACGGACCGAGGCAGUUUGUGAUAAUAUAACUGAAGUAAGGAAAGACAAACGGGAAAGAUAAGACUGCCCCUUAUGGAUCAAGUAAACGUUACCCGGAACGAGACGAGCAACGCGACGGGCGUGGAAGAUCAAGAAUGGACGCAGGCGGUGAUGUUCAGACUGCGAACGGCAGUACUGCUGCUGAUAGUGAUAAUGGCUGUGCUGGGUAACCUAUUGGUCAUUGUCAGCGUUAUGCGGCAUAGGAAACUUCGCGUCAUAACAAACUACUUCGUGGUAUCCCUCGCUUUUGCUGACAUACUCGUCGCAAUGGUCGUAAUGCCUUUCAACUUUAGCGUGCAGUUUUACAAUGAAUGGAUCUUCGGUCCCGUCAUCUGCGAUCUCUGGAACUCUUCAGAUGUUUACUUCACAUCGACAUCGAUAUUGCACCUGUGCUGUAUAUCAGUGGACAGAUAUUACGCUAUAGUAAAACCUCUAAAAUAUCCGAUAAAGAUGACAAAAAAGAUGGCAUUUGUAAUGUUAGCAGCAACAUGGCUCAGUCCUAUAACGAUAUCGUACGCCCCGAUAUUCAUGGGUUGGUACACAACCAGUGAAUACAUGAGGACGAGAGAACUAAACCAAUGCGAAUUUAAAGUUAAUAAGCCCUACGCAGUCAUAUCUAGCUCGAUAUCAUUCUGGAUACCAUGCACCAUCAUGGUAUUUACCUAUCUCGCUAUAUUCAAGGAAGCGAAUCGUCAAGAAAAAGCUCUCCAUGCAAGAGCUGGUAACGCAAUGCUCAUGCAUCGUCAUUCAAGAGAAGUUGGUGAUAAAAACGGCGCAUUACACAUCAAUGCCACAACCCCAACUAAAGACAGGAAUAUUCUGAAAAUGAAACGAGAACACAAAGCGGCAAGGACUUUGGGUAUAAUUAUGGGCGCGUUUAUCCUCUGCUGGCUGCCAUUCUUCUUGUUCUAUUUGUCCACAUCGUUGUGCGAUUCGUGUACAUAUCCCGAAGUUGUGACUGUUAUCAUGUUUUGGACUGGUUACUUCAAUUCAGCGUUAAAUCCGAUAAUUUACGCGUAUUUCAAUAGAGACUUUCGGAAUGCUUUUAAGAACACGUUGGCUUGUGCGUUUUGUAGCUUUUGUCGGCGAAGCGCAUCCGAUUCGGAGGCAAUGGAACGGCUGGAUAGGAGAGGAUCAGCUCAAUUAAGAGUACCUAUCCCUUCAAGAAGGGCGUCUGACCUAGCGUCCCUUUGAAUAUCACCGAACUUUCAUCAAGUGACAGCCGUUUGACAGGCCUAGUGUUUCAACGAAAAAUGAUGUAUAUAUUCUGUAAAUGACUGAUGAUCUAAUCCAUGUGAUGUAUCAACUGUAAAUAUCUAUACUGAAGUAUGUUUAUCAAUGGUGGUUCUAUAUGAUUAUG